AUAUUUAGGUAGUGCAAUAUUUUUGCCUGCACCAUGAAGUGCAGGCAAAAUCAAAGUGGCCUUGUACUAGGGCCCCAGCCAGUAUCUCCAGAACUUUCCUAUCAAUUAGAUGGACUAUUCUAGCCAGAAAUUUUAUUUUGGAAAAAUUAUUGUCACAUUUUGCUUGGCUGUGAUCUCAGAUUCACCCACCUCCACCUUGAAUCCAGGUGUCUCCCUAAAUUUUGGGGUUGAUCCAAAAAGUAUAGAUUAAGUUUUACCUAAAUGGAGGGACAGCUUGUUCUCAGAUAGCCAUGUACUGACCUUCUGAAGUUCUGCACUCAGUGACCUCUCCACCACACGUAGUUUUGAUCCUACUUAUGGUUUCGGGGCUAGGUAUGACUCAGAGUGGUACAAGUUCAACACGUGGUUUAUUCAGAGACACAGGGUAAAUGGAUGAGCCCUCUGGAUCUGGUUCAUGAAGCAUCCGCCAUCAACCAAGCUAAAGGCAAAGCCGGGCUUAUUUCUCUUAGUCUCGCUAGUUUAAGCCUGAGUUGCGUUCCAUCAACGGAAUCUCCACUAAGUAACCAUGGCAAUUUAUCAGACCAAAUGAACCUGGUCGGUCGGUACCAGGCUAACUGGCAGGCUUACUUGAGCGGUGUUUGAGAGAAGACCCAUCUGUCGGAAACAAGUGUACCAUCAGAAGGUUCCACCAAGCCAGUCCUCACGAUUUGGUUUUGAUUUAUAAUGGUUUUCACCUCUUUCGAUGCUGUUAUCCUCCCCUUGGAAAAAUGCGGUGAAGUGGAGCAGAGAGAUCGCCAUGUCUGUACCACUGAGUGGUGGUGACUUUACGUAUAUCAUUCGCUUUGAGAGCAGCAAGGGGCUGUAGUUCACAAAGUGGCCUCACACAAAACCUAACAUUAUCAAACUUCUUCGCGAAAUUAUUUUGUUUUCUUUACAUGAAAAAUUAUAAUUUUAAUCCACAAUCAACAUAUGUGUAAUCCAGGGCAGAUAAAGACUGGGACCCGAAAAUAAUUACUUUCUCUCCAUCCGUAUUCCGUAUUUACCGUAGGGUGUGAAUGGGCCUUAAAGCGCAGUCACUAUCUUUGCUCAAAAAAUACUGAAUGCGCCCCUCAGUCUCCAACACAGAAUCUAAACUUUGGAUAUCUUUUUAUUUUAUGGGAACUCCACUGGUGGAGAAAAUGCCUAGCCAGGGGAAUUAGAAUGUGCUUCCUUGUGUUGGAAAAAACAAAGAUGCAACUAUGGGAAAUGCCGACUAAUUUCGAAUCAAAUGGAUUGCAAUGGCUUGCAAGCAAAAAACAUGGCUGAUUUACAUCUAUAGAUAGAUAAUGUCAACAUUAACCUAAGGUCUUUUUAAACUAGUUUUACUAGUUUACUUUUUACUCUUUUUAGUUCAGAAAUUAUGUAACGUAGUAAACGGUAGUAGGGAAGUUACAUGGUUCAGGUUUAAACAUUUUGUCUACAAGUUCAAACAACGUUCUGAAAUCGUAUUAUUCUCUCAUUGAUGUAGUAACAUAUGACAUUUCAAAGAAAAUCUCAGAAGAAAAACAAAGAAUAUUACCUGCCAAAUAGCUGACUUUAAGCUGAAACUCAUCCACUUGUAAUGCUCAAUGGAAAUCCCAGAACCACAGACGAGGAGCGGAAGUGUUCCAAGAUUUCAAACCGUUAAUUCUUAUUAAUUCUCUUAAACAAACCAAGUAGGUGCUGGAACGUCUACUUAUCAGUGGCAAAACAACCACAUGGACGACAGGGCUCUGUAACCCUAUUCCAGGGCUCCUCAACCACCACCACUUCCUGUCACAUGGUCCCUCUGUACUCACAGCCAUGGUUAAGCCAGUCCUUUACCUCCUCAUCUCUAGAGCGUGGUUGAGUCUGCUCCAUCCUGUCCAUGGACCCCCCCGCGUAUGAAGAGGUGGUCCUCCAGACUCCCCCCACACCACCUCCCACCUAUGCCCUCGCGGUCCUCCCCUCCACCCCUCCACCCACCUACAGAGAAGCUGAUGCAUUUCCUGUUCUGAAUCUCCCUGUCGUGCAAGCUGUCACCAUCUUGCCCGUCCAGGGACCGGCCACACAGACCCCAGUAAAUGGGACUUCACAGAAUGGGUCUGGUCCAACAGUCUUCAGUGUCCAGCCACAGCGCACAAGAGCAGUGAUGGGAGUUGACCCUGUUAGGGUUCAAUGCCCCUACUGUCAUGAAGUUGUAACUACAGAGAUCGAGCACAAGCCCGGGCUGGGUGCUUGGAGCGUGUGUUUUCUUUUGACAUUGGGAGGGUGCAUCUGUGGCUGCUGUCUGAUUCCCUUUUUCGCAAAGGAAAUGCAGGAUGUCCAUCACUCGUGUCCGCGCUGUCAACGCCACCUGCACAUACACGCGCUAGGUGACGGCUAGAGUACAGCGUUCUGGAACCUUCCCUACCUUCCCUAGUCUACCCUCUCUGUGACCCCUGGAGUUUAAUGGAGUGCAGUGCGUCACGCAGGACCCAACAACAAGUGGUUUUGAAUAUAGAUGCAAAAAGCACUAUCUAGCACAGUGAGGGUGCGGACCCCCUGGUGGAUGGGGGUGUGUGUGUGUGUGUGUGUGUGUGUGUUCGUGCACAACCAAUCGACGAAUAAGUUGUGCAGGUUGUUCACGCAUACACACACAAAUGAAACACGAGUAUGUGUCAAAUGGUCCCAUGAACCAAGGUACCGACAGGCUAGCCCGACUCGUUGUUUUACAAGCAUUAUUUUGCACUUGUUUUUAACGCCAUCGUCAACCUCCUCCAUCAACAUCACAUACGCAACGCUGUGACAAUGACUUGCACACCUCUCCGACUGACUGGCUCACUGACAGAGAUUGGCAGAGAAUGACAUUUCUGCUCCGAAGCAGAAUAUCUCACCACACAAAGGAUGUGUGUGUGCGUUUUGCACUGGUUGGGUCGUACCAUGAAUACACAAUGAAGUCAACGUAAUUAUGAAAGAUCACCAGGAAGAUUUGCCCGUACAUUACUCAUUACAUGAAGAGGGUUGUUACAAGCUUAUGUACUCUUAGUAUGCUGCCAAGAUUACAUGUCGUAGCAUCACACUUGGUACUGCCUCACUCCUGUACAUAUGUUUAUACAACACUGUUCCUUUUGAUAAUAUGUUUAACACAAUGUUAUUUUGAUAAGAUGUGACGUUCAUAUAUUCUAUCAUGUUGAUAGUGAAAUAAAAAUGUA